GCCGCUGUCUCAAAAAAAAAAACAACAACCAGCCGCUGAAUUUCUUCCCCCGACUUGGACGAACCCUAGACGGCCAGCCGUCCCUGCCUGCCGGCGCCGCCCGCCGCCGCCACCUGCCGUCGCGCCUAUCCAGCCCCCCCCCCCCCCCCCUCCAGUCCGUUGUCCGCCCCUUCGAUCCCUUCUGCGGCCGUGCGGGCGUCAGGUUGUGCCGCUGCUGCUCUGUCCGGCGAGGCGAGGUGCUCGAUCCCUUCUGCUUGGCGUCCGGCGAGGUGCUUUUUUGCCAGGAGCCGAGCCGCAACACAGAGCAGAGCAGAGAGGAAGACAAGAUGAGUAAAAGAAACAAGACAUUGAAUUUUUCUUUUCAAGUUCGAACAACAGCAACCACAGAAACAGUUUUUAGCCCUUAGUUUCUUGCCUGGGGCGUCAGCCAAUCCUGACUCCGCCACUACUGUGACCUGCUGGUGCCUACUGCUGCCGCGGCGCCCCUCUCUCGCUGGAUCAAUGUCAACUAUUUCUGAUCAGAAGAAACGGACCUUAGAAGCUAUUCAACAACGGUAUGCAGCAGCUAAAGCUAAGAAGCUGCAAGAUGAACAGCCCAAGUGCCCGAAGAACAAAGAGAGUACCCCCAAGCCCAAGUUUGAUGCACAGAGGAAAGGAAAAACUCCUGAAUCCACUCCUCGAACUUCUGGCCAGCUGCCUACAUUUAGAGCUCAAGGAAUCUCCAGUCAUCAACAAAAGCCUUCUGCCUCCUCAGGUAAACCUAUAUCUGUGUGUGCGUGUGACUUUGUCCUGAAAUCAACUGAUAGCUUUUUUGACCUUUUAGGUGGAGAAAUCAACCCUAUAUACUCUGAGAUUUCAUUUGCUCUUCAUGAAAAUUUGUCCCAAGAUGACUAUGCGGAUCCCGACAGCACAGACGUAGUUCAAAAUGUCAUAUAUGAUAUAAUUCACAAAGGUGGAGAAGCCGGGAAAAUUUCCAAGGGAUCGAAAAAGUUAAAGUUGGAUAGAGGGAUUCUUUUGGAUAACUAUGUUCAAAGGGGUCCUAUAUUAGUGGAUGCACAAUCACGAUCUUUGUUGAUCCACUCGAAGCGAUCUAAAAGGCACAUGUCACUGAAGCAACAUAAGAAAUGUGGGUCAUUUGAUUUACAUGAUACAUUCCGCAGGUUUGACCUCUAUAAGCCAAUGCAUGAAAUGUGGAAAGAGUAUAUGCGAGAGCUUACAAAAAGUACUCCGAAAAAGCAAUUAUCGGAAAACCUCCUUUCAGCAGAUCUUCAUGGGGCGCUUAUAAUAGUGGCACAAUGCAAAGCAGCCUCAUAUGAAGGUGUAAGUGGCAUCAUGAUUCGUGACACUGCAGAGACUUUUGGAAUUAUAUCAGAGGACAACCGCUUCCGAGUUGUACCGAAAGCUGGAUCAGUUUUCGUCCUCCAAGCUGAUUGCUGGAAGGUGACACUGAUCGGCGACAAACUGUCACCAAAGGAGAAGUUGAAGGAAAGCCAGCGUCUGCAGCGUGCGCAAUCACUGAUCAGAUAGAGUUUCGAGCCUGUUAGACUCUGUUUUCUGACAAAUUUUGCCCAGAUAAACCCCUACAGAUUUUCUUGUUUAGUCUUUGUUUCUGUUGAUUAACGUCAGUCUAUCCCUUCAUUGCUUAGCACUUGGCAGUUCUUGUUGCUCCACAUUGUAAGCCAGUCACUCCUGGCAAAGUCGCGACGCUGAGAAGUUCCUUAGUAAAUCCAAACACGCUUCUUGUGCGAGCUGCAUCCUUGUAGGAUAGCAACUAUCAUACCAUGAUCAAUCACAGGUCUUUAUCAAUUUUUUUUAUCAAUCACA